UGAUUUUCCGGAAAACUCGUUGCAUCCUAACGCUGUAACGCAUAUAUGAAAACGAAAUAAUAUCUAUCUCUUGUAUUUCAUGCUAUAGGCAAUCUCCAUCAUUGGACGCAACAAGCCUCAUCUACGAAGGAAAUUUUAUCCUUCCUAAUUCCUAUGAGUCUAUGACCAUGAGUUUAUACAAAAGCAUAAGAGAAUGUUAGAUUUCCCACGUAAAAAAGACAAAUCAUGUCCCAUUAGUAUAUGCUUAUUGUUCUGAUAAGAAGAAAAAACAAGUCAUGCAAAUAAGAAACAAAUUCAAAAAUUACAGUCGAUGUAAAUACUUUGUUCUAUAUGCCAAAAUUCAACAUAACACGCAUUUUCAAUAUAUAUCUGAUGGCAAAAAAUACUAUAAAUAGAACAAAAGGGAUGACGUAUCUUUUACUUUUUGCCGUCAUAAAAAUAAUUUUGCAAACUGCAACAAAAGGAAAUUUUUUGUUACCAAGAUAAAUCAUUAUCCCACUGAUCAAAAUUGAAAAAAAGAAGAGGAAAAGAAAGAAAUUUGAGGAUCAGACAAAAUGAAGAUGGAGCCCACAAUGGCUGCAACGCUGAUCACUUCUUUCCUCUUCCAUUUACUAUAAAAAUUGUUCAACGUGAAUUCACACAGAACCUCAGAGCCGCACUCUGUUUUUUCCUCUUUGGUUUCUUCUUUACAUUUCUUUUUUCUUUUUGUUUCUUUACUCACCGAAUCAAAUACGAUUUUGCUGCCUUCUCUCUCUCUCUUUCUCGUGUUGUUUCAACUUUCGAGGCUCUGUUUUCUCUGUUUCACAAAUUACAAAGGUUUUCUUUCUCUCCUCUCUUUGUUCAUGUCCCUUUGCAGCAUAAAAUGAAUUAUUGGUGAUUUCUAGUACUAUAUACUUGGCCCCUGCAGUUCAAGUCUUUUACUCAUUUAUUUGCGGAAUUGUUACCAUAACUUCUUUGAUCGCCCUGUUUCUAGCUCCGAUCCUUGCCUUUCUUUCCCGCCGUUUUCUAGCACAAGUUCGGUUUUCUUUCUUUUCUUUUGCUCAACGAAAAGUUCGCUGGGUUACUCAGAAUCUGAAUAAAUAACGAGGAGAGGAACAGGGAAGAAGACGAUAAGAGAAGAUGGUCGCCUUUGGGAAAAAGCUCAAAGAACGUAGCAUUCAAGAAUGGCAAGGAUAUUACAUCAACUACAAACUGAUGAAGAAGAAAGUGAAUCAAUACGGUCGCCAGUUACAAGGAGGAAACCUAGAGCGUCGCCAAGUUCUGAAAGAUUUCUCAAAGAUGCUUGAUAACCAGAUCGAGAAAGUCGCAUUGUUCAUGUUGGAGCAACAAGGGUUACUUGCAAGUAGGCUACAGAGGCUGAGGGAGUCACACGAUGCUCUCCAAGAGGAGCCUGAGAUAUCUCACAUAGCUUAUCUAAAGGACGGUUAUAGAGCUGUUGGUCAUGAUCUUCUCAAGCUCUUGUUCUUCGUUGAGAUGAAUGCUAUUGGUGUCCGUAAGAUACUCAAGAAGUUCGAUAAACGGUUUGGUUACAGAUUCACAAACUAUUAUGUCAAGACUCGCGCUAACCAUCCUUACUCUGAACUUCAGCAAGUCUAUAAACAUGUUGGUCUUGGGGCUGUUGUUGGAGCUGUGUCUCGCAACCUUCAUGAGCUUCAAAACAAUCAAGGAAGCUACUUAUCUAUCUAUGACCAGCCUGUUCUUCCACUUCAAGAUCCUGUAGUUGACUCAAUUAGAGCAGCAGUGGAUAGACUAACACACUCAACAAACUUCUUGAACUUCAUGGCUCAGCACGCGUUUAUCAUGCAACAAGAGUUACCUAGUCCACAAGACGAGGAAGAAGCCGUUGAAGAAGACAGGAGAUAUCACUUCAUGUCUCUCUUGUUGAAUCUUGUCAACACGUUUCUCUAUAUGGUCAAUACUUAUAUCAUCGUCCCUACAGCAGAUGACUAUUCAAUGAGCCUUGGUGCAGCAGCUACGGUGUGUGGUGUAGUGAUUGGUGCUAUGGCUGUGGCUCAGCUCUUCUCUUCGAUUUACUUCAGCGCAUGGUCUAAUAAAUCUUACUUCAAACCGCUUAUAUUCAGUAGCAUUGUCCUCUUCAUUGGUAACUUGUUGUAUGCAUUGGCUUUUGACUUCAACUCAAUAGCUGUUCUCUUGAUCGGCCGGCUUUUCUGUGGAUUGGGAUCAGCGAGAGCAGUGAACAGGAGAUAUAUAAGUGACUGUGUACCGUUAAAGAUCAGGAUGCAGGCUUCAGCUGGUUUUGUAAGUGCAAGUGCUUUAGGAAUGGCGUGUGGUCCUGCUCUUGCUGGUCUAUUGCAGACCAGAUUCAAGAUCUAUAAGCUUACUUUUAACCAAAACACAUUGCCUGGUUGGGUUAUGGCUAUUGCUUGGCUUAUGUACUUAGUCUGGUUAGCUAUUUCGUUCCGGGAGCCGGUACUUGAGCCUGAGGAGAGUCAUAGUACUUCAAAGGAUUCUAAUAACUCUGCUGUUCAAGAUGGGAAUCUGGAGUCAGGCAUUAAACAGCCAUUGCUGAUCACAUCAGAAGAGAUAGAAGAACAGGUUGAAGAUGAAGAUGAUAGUGAAGAAGCUUCUGAGGAAUCUCGUGCACCUGUGAACUCCAUUGGAGCUGCUUAUAGGUUACUUACACCUUCAGUAAAGGUUCAACUAUUAAUAUACUUCAUGCUCAAGUAUGCAAUGGAGAUUCUUCUCUCUGAAUCUAGUGUCGUCACCACUUACUACUUCGGUUGGUCCACUAGCUCGGUUGCUAUCUUCUUGGCUUGUCUCGGUCUCACGGUUCUUCCUGUAAACAUCGUUAUUGGAAGCUAUAUCAGCAACAUGUUUGAAGACCGGCAAAUUCUGUUGGUGUCGGAGAUUAUGGUUUGUGUCGGAAUACUAUUCAGCUUCAAUGUCCUUGUUCCAUACACUGUACCACAAUACGUUUGCUCCGGACUCAUCAUGUUUGUUUCUGCAGAAGUUCUUGAAGGUGUUAACUUGUCGUUGCUCUCGAGGGUUAUGUCGUCGAGGCUAUCGAGGGGGACUUACAACGGAGGUUUGCUUUCGACGGAGGCAGGCACGAUCGCACGUGUGAUUGCCGACGUGACUAUUACCGUCGCCGGUUACUUUGGGCGGGAUAUGCUUUUGAAUGUCACUUUACUUCCCUCUCUGGUCACUUGUGUUGUGUCCAUCGUAGCUACUUGUUUUACUUAUAACUCCUUGUACUAGUAGUACUCUUCUUUUUACAAAUUUGUCUGCAGACA